AUGUCCUCUUCCACUAACGAAAUGAAUCAAUUUGCAUCUGAGUUUCCUACUGGAAAUUUCAUUGAAGCAGUGCGUACUUCAUGCCGUUCAUUUGUUGAGCAAAGUCCUGUCAAGAUUUCUCAGCAAGGCAUCAACAAGUUUCUUGACACGUUGAACAAGUUGCAGUAUGAGGAGCUCUCUGAUGAUGUGACCAUCAAGAUGCCUCUCAAGUUUGAGACAGUAAACGAUGAGCUGAAUUUCAUCACUGUGAUUGAUUUAUUGAAUUUUGGAAGUGGCUACCGUGUGCCUCUUCAUGAACUCGCUGGCAGAGGUGCGUUUGAUACAAUCCGAUUUGGUGCCAUGUCGUUCCAUAUUGGCGGUAAGCCUAUGGAUGCCGAAACUUUCAAGAAUUCCACCAUCUUUGAGGUAGCAGAGAUCUUUCAAAUUCCAAUCGACCAUGAAGUCAAGCAUGACAAACUGGAUUUUGUCACCAUCACAGAACCUACAGCGCUCAAGCCAUUUGCUGCUGGUUUGACUUCCGUACUCAACACCACAGGCGACUAUCUUCAAGACCACAACUACAAGGAUCUCGCUCAAUUCAUCAUGGAACAUGUCAAGGCUAACCCUCAAAAUGCGACCAGCCUCACUGAACAUUUGAUCAGGGCAUUUCCCGGUCUUCACGAUAGCUACAAGUUCCCUGAUCAACCUCAGCCUGUCUACUUGUACAAGAAGGCUCAAAUCAUUGUCUAUCAUCUCUGGUACACAUUCAAAGAGCAGCUCCCCGAGUUGUUUGAUUUCAAGGACAUGGACACAUUGACCGUCUUCUCUGAUAAUGUGAUUCCUACCAUGUUGGCUCAUCUUGGCGUGAUUCAAGUGCCUGAGGAAUGGCAGCAAGAUAUCAACAACAACAUUGAUCUAAGCGUUGAACAGGCGACCACGUUGAGAGCUGCUGGUGUCGUUGCAUGUGAGGAUAUUGUCAAGGCUGCUCAAUCUGGAGCUGGACCUGUCCCUCGCAUGACAACUGGUGGCUUGGAUGUCUAUCUUUGGAGAUUGGGUAAAGUGGGCGACUACAGAAAGGUGCCUCGAUUCCAAUUGAGAGAUACAGUCAUGUUCUAG